AUGGACGACCGCAGUGGCGAGAUCAUUGCCGUCAACAUUCUCUUCAUGGUCCUCACGACCGUCAUUGUUGCACUUCGUGGCUAUUGCCGAGGAUGGAUUAUACGGUCCUUUGGUCUAGACGACUACAUUAUGUUUGUGACUUGGGUCAUAUUCUUGCUGUACCUCGUAUGCCAGCUUCUUACCGUUCAACAUGGAACGGGCAAACACCGCUCAGAACUGGAUCCUAGCAGCAUUAGCAAGGCGCUCAUGUGGUGGUAUGCGUGCCAGUUGACGUACAUCUUGUGUACGUGCCUGCUCAAGAUAUCCGUUGGCUUCUUCCUGCUGCGUGUCGCCGUCGACCUCAAGCACAUAUGGCUCGUGCGCAUUUCAAUGGCCGUGACCCUCCUCUUCAGCAUCGCCUACUUUUUUGUCAUGGCGUUCAAAUGUUCUCCAGUAUCGACUUUCUGGGAGAUUGAUCCCAAGGCGCGAGGCAAAUGCCUACCGGAGGGACCGAUCGUCACCCUGACCUACGUGGCAUUGUCUUUGAACUGUGUUGCGGACUGGAUUUUCGGCAUCUUGCCGGGAUUUAUCGUGUGGUCGCUGAGGAUGCCGCUCAAGACGAAGAUCCUGGUGGUCAUUAUUCUGAGCUUCGCUGCCAUUGGCAGUACGGCGACCAUUGUUCGGGCCACUUAUAUUUCUACGAUAAUGAAUUCUGACGAUUUUUUGUAUGCUACGGCCGGCAUCGCCAUAUGGAGCACCGUCGAACCCGGCAUCGGCAUCUCGGCGGCAUCCGUGGCAACGCUCCGACCGCUUAUGCAGCUCCUGAGUUACAAAAUCGGCCUCUCCAGCAGCGGGCCAAGCAACCCGGAGUGGCGGGAGCGUAAUCGCGAUCCUGGCAUGCGCAUGGGAUACUUGAGGAGCAACAGCUUGCCUCGUGGCCACGUGCGGCGUCCGAAACAGGACGACACGAUUGUUAUCAUAACAAGCUCGGAGACAGACUUAUGGCCGGUGCGGGAGCCGCCGUGCAAAAGCUUGGAAGCUGUCUAG